GCCUGAUAAAGGAGCGGGGGCCCUGCGCCCGGCGAGACCCCGCCCCUGCGGCGAACAGAAGCAGCCCCUGCGGGACAGGGGUCUGCAUCGCCAUGGGCUCCACUACGGCCGCAGAGGGAGCCCUGGGCUACGUCCGCGAGUUCACCCGCCACUCCUCCGACGUGCUGGGUAACCUGAACGAGCUGCGUCUGCGCGGGAUCCUCACCGACGUCACGCUGCUGGUUGGCGGACAGCCUCUUCGAGCUCACAAGGCCGUUCUCAUCGCAUGCAGUGGCUUUUUCUACUCAAUUUUCCGAGGCCGUGCAGGAGUCGGGGUGGAUGUGCUCUCUCUGCCUGGGGGCCCUGAAGCUGGAGGCUUCGCGCCUCUACUGGACUUCAUGUACACUUCACGCCUCCGCCUCUCUCCCGCGACUGCACCAGCCGUCCUUGCAGCAGCCACCUACUUACAGAUGGAGCAUGUGGUACAAGCAUGUCAUCGCUUCAUCCAGGCCAGCUAUGAACCUCUGGGCAUCUCGCUGCGACCCCUGGAGGCAGAACCCCCCACGGCCCCAACAGCUCCUCCACCAGGCAGUCCUCGGCGCUCCGAAGGGAACCCAGACCCGCCUACUGAGUCUCGCAGCUGCAGCCAGGGCCCCUCCAGCCCAGGCAGUCCAGACCCCAAGGCCUGCAACUGGAAAAAAUACAAGUUCAUCGUGUUAAACUCUCAGGCCUCCCAAGCAGGGAGCCUGGCAGGGGAGAGGAGUUCUGGGCAACUUUGCUCCCAAGCCAGGCUCCCCAGUGGAGAUGAGGCUUCCAGCAGCAGCAGCAGCAGCAGCAGCAGCAGCGAAGAAGGACACAUUCUGGGUCCCCCGAGCAGGCUCUCUCCAACUGCUGCAUCUCUGCAGUUCCAAUAUGGGGCUUCAGCCAGUAGCCCUCAUCUCUUCACAACCCAGACUCGAGAGACCAAUGAAACAACAUUGGGGCGGGCUCAUCCACCACCAGGAAGCGACUUUUUCAGCUGCCGGAAGUGUGAGGCUGUGGCAGGGUGCUCAUCAGAGCUGGAUUCCCAUACUCCUGGAGACAAGGAUAAACCUUACAAGUGCCAGCUCUGCCGGUCUUCCUUCCGCUACAAGGGCAACCUGGCCAGUCACCGCACUGUGCACACAGGGGAAAAACCCUACCACUGCUCCAUCUGCGGAGCCCGCUUUAACCGGCCAGCUAACCUGAAAACACAUAGCCGCAUCCAUUCGGGAGAGAAGCCCUACAAAUGUGAGACCUGCGGCUCGCGCUUUGUACAGGUGGCGCAUCUGCGUGCGCAUGUGCUGAUCCACACUGGAGAAAAGCCCUAUCCCUGCCCCACCUGCGGGACUCGUUUCCGCCACCUACAGACCCUCAAGAGCCACGUUCGCAUCCACACAGGCGAGAAGCCUUACCAUUGCGACCCCUGCGGCCUGCAUUUCCGGCACAAGAGUCAACUGCGGCUGCAUCUGCGCCAGAAACAUGGAGCUGCUACCAACACCAAAGUGCACUACCACAUUCUGGGGGGACCCUAGCUAAGCGCAGUUCAGACUGCACUCGCCUCCUGCAAGCUCAAGCUUGGCUCCCCUCUCUGACUUGAGCAUGGGAGUAUGCAAGACAAGCCCCUCUGCCCCUCACUCCCCCCCCCCCCCAUGCCCCCAAUCAUGAAC